GUGCCCGUGGAGGUAAACAUUCAGGGGCAAAGUGGCAAGUUCACGAUCGUCCCAAAAGGAUCCUCGGGCAACUCGGUGGGCAUUCGGGUGACCAUGGAUGCACUUCGCGAGGUGGAUGCAUCAGGUACAGCGGUGGGCCAGUCGGGCAGCGUGAAGCACUCCCUGAACACCUUCGCCUCGCAGUCCUUCACCGUCGGUGCGGUCGAGCAAGUGUCGAUUGGUUCGGUGAGUGCGGCAAAGAUCUCCUUUGAGUCCACUAUCUCCAGCAUCGGCAAGCUGGGCGUGGAUACAUUCCUGAUUGCAGAUAGCGGGAUGGUUGGCAUGAACAAUGACUCAUGGGAUGUGAACAUGGGGGAUCUGAAGUGGAACAUCCGCUUGUGGGACUGGACCUGGUGCGGUGACGCAGGUGCCACCUGCAAGAAUGGUGAGGUGGGUGACGCUGUCGAGCUGGACAUCACCGUGCAGAAUAUGGGGGGUGGCUCGGCCAGCAAGAAGGAUGGGGACAACAAGACGGUCUCCUUGGGUGGUUCCGCCGAAUUGGAGCUCUCAACCGCGGUGGAGACGGAUUGCACGUGGGUGGAGAUGGCUGCUGGCUACCCAAUGAUCACCACCCAGGGCAGCGGCACGACGAUCACCUUCCGUUUUCCCCGCUUCGCCAACUCCUCACUCUAUGACCCCGUGAUCUCUGGCUCCUGCGCCGAGCUUGGUCUUGAGUGCUCGAGCUCGACCACCGGCUCCAACACCCAAGUGAACGCCGCAGGUGAGGCAACGGGAGUAGCCUUGGUGGCAGGCUUGGCUUUGACCUCCUUGGCCAUGGCAUGA